AUGUAUUGGUGCUUCUUGUUGGGUCUUGCUCUGGUUGUUGUGUCUCCCUUAAAUGGAAGCGUCCUGGAGCUACAGCAAAACGCUUGUCCCAAUUUCUGGUACAGCUUCAAAGGCCGCUGCUACAAGUAUGUUGGUAGACAAAUGACCUGGGCAGAUGCUGAGCUCCACUGCUUAUCAGAGGGGGGCAACCUGGUGUCCAUCCACAGUCUGGAAGAACACAACUUUGUCAAUUUCAUGAUCAAGAGCUUUGAUCCUUCUCAGACCUUCACCUGGAUUGGACUCUCUGAUAUUCACAAGGAAGGAUCCUGGAUGUGGUCGGAUGGGUCUAAGGUGGACUUUCGUUAUUGGGAUGCAGGACAACCAGAUAAUGCAGGUGGAAAUGAACACUGCGGACACACCAACAUGUUCACGUUUCAUAAAUGGAACGAUUAUGUCUGCUCCAAUACAUACGCUUUUGUCUGUGCAAAAGAAAAAGAUUGUAAGUAG